CAGGGGUCCGCGGCGCACUGUGGGUAGAAGCUGCAAGGGCUGAAGAGGCGGCGGGAGCUGAUGCGGAGGAGGUGCAGACAGACAGAUGGCUCAUACCACCCAGCUGGACUGUGACCUGCAAUCGCCGGACCGUGACCCGGGCUUGGACCCGUGCCGGCCGGACCGUGGCCCGGGCUUGGACCCGUGCCGGCCGGACCGUGACCCGGGCUCAGACCUCUGCCGGCCGGACUGUAACCUGCAAUCGCUGGACUGUGACUCGGGCCCGGACCCCUGCCGGCCUGACUAUGACUCGGGCUCGGACCCCUGCCGGCUGGACUGUGACCGGGGCUUGAACUGUGACCCGUGCUCAGACCCCUGCUGGCCGGGCUCGGACUGUGACCCGGGAUCGGACACCUGCCGGCCGGACUCGGACCCGGGCGAGUCACCGGCCCCGCCGGAGCCAGAUCUGGAACCAGGUCCUGCACGGAAGCCGGGUGGCUUCCCAUGCUCUGAGUGCGGCCGCUGGUUCCGCCAGCGCUGUGACCUGAAGCGCCACGGCCGGGUGCACAGCGGCGAGCGGCCGUUCCGCUGCCCGGAGCCGUGCGGCCGCUGCUUCGCUACCUCCUACAACCUGCUGCGCCACCAGCUGCUGCAUGCUGCGCCCUCGCCGCCACGGCCGCACCGCUGCCCCGCCUGUGGCCGCCGCUUCGCCCAGCACCAGCAGCUGGAGGCGCAUCGGCGGCGCCAUGCCGGCGAGCGCCCCUUCCCCUGCCCCGUGUGCGGCCGCUGCUUCGCCCAGGCCUCGGCCGUGCGCGCCCAUGGCCGUACGCACGCCGCUGAGCGGCCCUACCGCUGCCCGCACUGCGCCAAGGCCUUCAAGAGCUCCUCCAACCUGGCCAAGCACCGGCGCAUCCACGGUGCCGAGCGGCGCUUCCAGUGCGAGUGCUGUGCCCGCCGCUUCCUGCACGCACACCACCUGGCCGCCCACCGCCGCACCCACGCCCGCCCGCCACCGCCACCGCCGCCCUGCGGCCUCUGCGGCCUGCAGGCGCCCAGCGCCGCCCUGCUGACCCGCCACCUGCGCUCGCACGCCGGCCAGAAGCUCUGCAAGUGCGGCGGCUGCGGCCAGGCCUUCCUGGACUGCCGCCGGCUGGAGGAUCACCGGCGUGGCGGAUGCACGGGUGCGCCCCCGGAGCCGCCCGGGCCGCUCUUCCGCUGUAGCGACUGCGGCAAGGCUUUCAAGCUGGCCCGCUUCCUGGAGUCACACCGGCGGCGGCACGCCGGGCCCUGGCCCCACCGCUGCGGCGACUGCGGCAAGGCCUUCAAGCAGUACUCAUCGCUGUCCAAGCACCGGGCGCUGCACUCGGGCGCCGAGCCCUACCGCUGCCCGGUGUGUGCACGCCCGUUCCGCCUGGCGCACAACCUGGCCGUGCACGAGCGCACACACACGGCCGAGCGGCCCUACCGCUGCCCGGUCUGCGCCGCCGGCUUCCGCCAGCGCUCCACCCUGGUCAAGCACCAGCGCACCCACACUGGUGAGCGGCCGUACGCUUGCCCGCUCUGCGGCAAGGCCUUCCGCCAGUCCUCGGCGCUCGCCGUGCACCAGCGCACCCACUCGGCCGAGCGGCCCUACCGCUGCGCGCAGUGCGGCAAGGGCUUCAAGAGCGCCUCCAACCUGCUGGGGCAUCGGCGCAUCCACCUGCGGUGAGGGGCGCGGGAGCCUGGUCCCUGUACACCCCCACCCCACCGUCACCCCAGGAGCCCGGUCCCUGUACGCACCCCCCCCCCCCCCACCCCCCCACCGUCACCUUGGGAGCCCGGUUCCUGCCCCACAGUCCCUCCUCUCUCACCCCCCCUCACCCCAGGAGCCCCCUUCACUCCGGGUGCCCCCUCACCCUGGGUUCCCCCUCUCCCCACCUCACAUUGUGCCCCCCACUCUCUCCCUGACCCACGCCGAGAACCCCCUUCCUUCCCUCCUCCCUCCACUGUGCCCCCUCCCUCCCACCCAUCCCUUCCUCGAAAUGCUCUCGCCCUCUCCUCCCCCUCCCCACCCUGUGCCCCCUCCCUUUCCCAAAUGCCCCCUCCCUCCCCGCCCUGUGCCCCCUCCUCCCUCCCUCCCCACCCUGUGCCCCUUCCCCCAGAUGCCCAAACCCUCCUUCCCCAGGCUGUGCCUCCUUCCCUCAAGUGCUCGCUCCCUCCCUCCUUCCCCCAAAUGCCUCUCCGCCUUCCUCCCCAGGGUCCCCCCCCCCUCCCUCCUGCCCCAAGUGCCACUUCUCUUGUUGCCUCAUCUGCGUCUGAUUUCACCACCGGGACCAUUGUGGCCAUUUAUGGGUUCCCCGUGCAGGAAGGAUGCCAACUCUUGAGAGGGGCCGUGUCCCACAAUGGACCUUGGAAUGAGGGGCUUGGUGGGGAGGUUGGGAUAGUUCCCCUGGGAUGAGAGAUUACAGGGAGGUUCAGGCAUUAAAAAUCCCACGGAGCUGAGACAGAGAGUGAGGAGGAACAAUUUCCAGCGGCAGGGGAGUCACUGAACACAGGCUGUGGAUUUAACGUAAAUGGGAGAAGGAUAAAAUGCAGAGAUGAGUUGUGGGAAUUUGGAAUGUGUGCCCUGAAAGAGCCAAGAUUUUCUAGGACCCUUCAGGGGUGGGUUGGGGGGGGGUGGGGAAGCAGUUGGAUAAUUCUCAGCCCCCAACUGGAAUUCUGCGUCCAAUUCUGCGGAGCGCAGUUUAGAAAGUACUUGAAGGUCUCGGUGGGGGCGGGGGGGGGGGGGGGGGGGGGGGGUGCAGAAGAGGUUUACCAGAGGUACCAAGGGUGAGCGAUUUCUGCUCCAGCGUUAGACUGGCACAGGUUGAGGGGAGAUCAUGAGGAGGUUCCGAUGAGGAAUUACAGGGAAGUUGUCUCCUUGUGUGUAGAAUCAAUUGAUCUUCAAAAGCGACAACAAACGACCUGCUGGGAAAACUCAGCAGGUCGAGCAGCAUCCGUGGGAGGAGAGGAGUUAUCGACGUCUUGGAUCGAGACCCUGCAUCAGGACUGAUUCCUCGUUCCUUUCCUCCCACAGAUACUGCUCGAGCCGCUGAGUUCUUCCGACGGAUAGUUUGUCGCUGCGGAUUCUAGCAUCCGCAGUCUCCUGUGGAUCUUCUGCCACAACCUCAGUCAAUUCCCUUUGGAAGAGCAGGGCAAUGGGGUUGGUCGGGCUGAGUCCGCAUGGGGCGCAUGCUGAAGUCCCAGAAAUUCUGUGGUUCCAUUUACAGGGCUGUGGGGAGAGAGAAGGGUGAGUAGGGUUGAUUGAAAAUGUCUCCAGAGUGGGCACAGGUUUGAUGGGGCCAAAUGUCCAUCUGAAUUGUGAGAUUCCAUAAGACUUGCCUCUCUCAAAUUUCCUGAGGUAUCCUUAACAAAGGAAGGUUCUACAUGUCUGAGGGUGCAUGCAACAAGGGCAAGCCAUGUUUAAAAACAUGUUAAAAGGUACUUGGACAGGAAAGGUUUAGAGGGAUAUUGGCCAAAUGUGGGCAAAUGGGACUGACUCAGAUGGAAAUCUUGGUUGGCGAGGACUGGUUGGGCCGAAGGAUCUGUUUCCGUGCUGUGUGACUGUCCUCUUUUGAACUCCGGUCCCCGAAAGAGGGGCUUUCAUUUCUUGAAUGAGCUGGUGUUGAAAGAUCAGCCCCUGCAGGUGGGAGUUGGAGCCUUGAGACUGGGGUUUGAGGACAAUGGGGGGGGGGCAGGGAACAGGCUGGGUUUCCAGUGAACCUGUUGACCUUGCAGUCUGUGGGCAGGUCGGACGUUCGCGGUCCUCGAGAAGGCAACUGCAGAGCACUGAAGGUGUUCCCGCGGUGCUGUCAGGUGGCAGUAUUGACACAGCGAAGGACGCCAACGUGUACCCAAAGUCAGGAUGAUUGAUGAGGGGGAUGUCCGUUAGGGCUCAGGAAGUGGGGGGGGGGGUGCUCCAGUUUGCAGGCCCCAGUAGAUGAAGGCACAAUUGGCAGUUGUGGAGCGAAAGAACGGGAGCUGGAGGAGUCCCAAGCUCUUGAGGGGCUGUGGUGAUGGAGCAGGUUACAGAGAAAAGGGUGGGCUGGGUCCAGACCCUGGAAGCAAAGGGUGAGAAGGUUGAUAAACUGGGACUCAGUACGGAUCAGCAAGGGUUAACAAGAUUUGGUGCUAGGUAGGACUUGGGCAGGUUGUUGGUGUCCAGGGAAGGAAGAUGGUGCCCAGGGAAGGAAGUGUUAGAACAUUUGGGACGUGGAGUGAGCAGAAAUGUCACAACUGAGCGGCACUAAUAACCAGCUGUACUGGAUCCACUGCCUUGACCCACCAAUAUUGAGGAGAGGCCCCACUUCCUGCUGAGGAUCCGCCUGCAACUGGCCCAAGCGGUGUCACUGGAUGGAUGAGGUGGAUCUUUGGCUAAAGCCAGUGGGAUCUCUCCCACUACACGGCAAGUUGCCGGGGGAGGCUGGGACUAACGGAGCCACACUUCCUGUCGGAGCCUUGUUCUGGAAAACUGCCAUCUUCUCCCGAGCAGGGAGUGCUGCUGUCGGAGUUGUGUGACUUCGGGAGGCCGAUUGAAUCCUUGGUAUCUGUUACACUCCUGCAAUAAAGCAAGACGUGAAUCAUUCUCAGCUUGGUGUCUUCCCUCUCGUCUCCCCACCCAACCUGC